AUGGUGUCAUUACUGCAGCGCAUGCGCAAGCUGCAAACUGUACGUCUNCAUGACCGUCUGUUGCCUCGACCACUACUGACAAGCACCGCAGAAGGUACAUCACUCUCGUCACCACCCGCCGCCGACCACCAAAUUGACCUAAACACACAGCUCCUCGCCAUCCGCCUCGGCCCCGGCGCAGCAGUCCUCCCCAAGGAAAUCUCCCGUAUCCACAUGCGCUUCGCUCCCAAAAUCGACGGCGGUCACAUGGGCCCGAGAAAGUUCUGGCGCCACGAACUCGUCCGUCUGAAGUUCCACAACCCGGCCAUCCCCAUGACUCUCGACCGCACCGCCGCACAAACAGACCCCGCCCUGAUGACCGUCUUCUUCGCCGACCCGGAAGCCUCGCCGACCAGCGGUGCUGCUCCCACUACCAGCACGAGCGGUGACAAGGAACCUAGCAACUAUUCGCCCAGCUCAAGGACAGAGACGAUCGACAUGACAAACCGCACCCAAGAAAACAUUCUGGCAGACUUGAUCAAGAUCACGAGCGCGAAACAGGUCGAGGCUACACAGGAAGAGUUGGAGACAUUGCGUUCGCUCGAGGAGCAACGGCUUCGUAGUGAAAGAGACAGCAAGCUCAGUUUGGAAGUCAGAGAAAAGAAGAAGAGAGAGGAGGCUCUGUUGGCCCAAGCAAGAGGUGAUGUCGCUUCAGCCGUUUGA